AUGCGGCCUGUCCCUGAGCAGGACAUGCCACGUGUCCCCGAGCCAAGCGGGACGUGCCGCCUGUCCCCAGCUGGGGUGUGCCACGUGCCCCCGAGCGGGUCGCGCCACGUGCCCAGCAGCGGGAUGUGCCGCAGCGGGAGUUGCCACAUGUCCCCAGAAGGGACGUGCCCAGUCCCUCUGGACGCUGGCACGGGGGCUGCCAGCCGCUGCGAGCGGGCCUGGGGCCUGGCGGCCAGCCUGGCCACGCUGGGGGCGGCCGGGCGGCUGCUGGAGCCCCUCUGGGGAGCCCUGGAGCUGCUGGUCUUCUUCGCGGUGGUGAACAUCUCGGUGGGGCUCCUGGGGGCCCUCGCCUACUUCCUCACCUACGUGGCCUCCUUCCACCUCGCCUACCUGUUCGCCGUCCGCAUCCACGGCGGGCUGGGCUUCCUCGGGGGAGUCUUGGUGGCCCUCAAGCAGACGAUGGGGGACAGCACCGUCCUGAAGGUGCCCCAGGUCAGGAUGAAGGCUGUCCCUAUGCUCCUGCUUCUUCUCCUGGCUCUGCUGCGGCUUGCCGCCCUCGUCGAGAGCAAUGUACUGGCCUCGUACGGCUUCGGGCUCCUCUCCAGCUGGGUCUAUCUCCGUUUCUACCAGCGGCACAGUAGAGGCCGUGGAGACAUGUCCGACCACUUCGCCUUUGCCACUUUCUUCCCCGAGAUCUUGCAGCCUGUGGUGGGUCUGGUGGCCAACCUGGUGCACAGCAUCCUGGUGAAGGUGAAGGUCUGCCGCAAGACGGUCAAACGCUACGACGUGGGCGCCCCAUCGUCCAUCACCAUCAGCCUGCCAGGGACGGACCCCCAGGACGCUGAGAGGAGAAGGCAGCUGGCCCUGAAGGCCCUGAACGAGCGGCUGAAGCGCGUGGAAGACCAGUCGGCCUGGCCUAGCAUGGAGGACGAGGAAGAGGAGGUGGGGACGAAGGCCGACAGCCCACUGCUGCCCAACCCCGACAUGGCCGGGAAGGGUGCUGGCCAGGAGUCCAGCCUCAUCACCUUCCAGGAUGCCCCGUCCCAGCUGUGA